UUCAAUACUAUGUCCAGCCAUUGUUCCAAGAAAAGCAAUAUGUUUAAUGUUAUCCUACCUUUCAAAUUCCUAACAAUCCAACAAACAAUCAAUCUCCCACCACUAUAGGAAGGAGAUUUACAAUUAUGGCUUCUAGUAAUUAUUUUGUUCACAAUAUCACCACUCUACUCAUUACACCAUUAGUUCUUUUGGCACUCUUUGCCAUUUUCCUCUUCUUUAGCACCAUUAGGGUGGUGCUUUUUCUGUAUAGGAUUGUGGUGAGUGAGAACAUGAAAGGGAAAGUUGUUCUUAUCACUGGGGCUUCAUCAGGAAUUGGAGAGGAAUUGGCUUAUGAAUAUGCAAGAAGAGGUUCUUCAUUAGCAAUUGUGGCCAGAAGAGAAAAGCAGCUUCAAAAAGUAGCUGAGAGGGCAAAGAGCUUAGGAUCUCCAGAUGUUGUAUCUAUUAGAGCUGAUGUAUCUAACGUCGAAGAAUGUAAGAGAUUUGUUGAUCAAACUGUGAAACAUUUCGGCCGAUUGGAUCAUCUCGUCAACAAUGCGGGAAUCACCUCUUUUUGCUCUAUCAAUGAUGUGACGGACAUUACGAAGUGUACGCCUAUUAUGGAUAUCAACUUUUGGGGGUCUGUUUACCCAACUUAUUUUGCAAUUCCUCAUCUUAAAAAGACAAGAGGGAAGGUGUUUGUCAAUUCUUCAUCCGUGGCAAUUUUGCACCCACCGUCUUUCAGCUUCUAUACUGCUAGUAAAGCUGCACUAUUAAGCUUUUACGAGACCAUGAAACUUGAAUUGGCUCCAGAAAUUUCAAUUACAAUUGCAACGUUAGGUUUCACUGAUUCUGAAAUAGUACGAGGAAAACACUUGAAGGAUGGUGUCAUGCAAGUUGAUUCAGAGCAAGCUAGUGUAAGAUAUAUAACCAACCAUCACACACUUUUCUUAAGCAUAUAGGUUUAGUUGGUUAAUUAGUUUAAUUGAA